UCACGUUACUUUUUCUGAUAGCGGACGGUUGUAGAGGUCUUGCAGUUUCAUACUGCUCGCGGUAAAAAGUUUGUGCGGUGCGUGUUCUCUAAAAUAAUGUAAAAUUGUUGCACGACGGUUACAUCGUUGCUCGCUGCGAGAAUCCACGCGUCGUUUACAGAGAGAGAUACUGAUCACUUGGACGACAAGAUGAUGUCCGAUCGGAAAGCUGAGUUGGAGAGGAAGAAGGCGAAGCUGCAAGCCAUCAGAGAGGAGAAAGAAAGGCGCAGGCGGGAAAAGGAACAGAAAGAUGUGGAAGAAGCGACCGUCCGUGCUGCUGGUACGGACAAGGAUCAGCGCAAGGAGCUAGAUGCGAUGCUCUCCUCCUUGGGUGUAGCUCCAGUGUCAGACGUACUGUCCAGUUUAUCCAGCAUGAGUUCGUUGACGCCAGAACAGAGUGCCAACGCUACGCCGGACGCCAGUUUGCAACCGUCUAGUAUAAAUUCUGCUCAGAGCGCAGGACGCAGGAGGAACCGGGAGCUCACUGUCGUGUCCGUGGCCCACACGAACAUUCCUCCGAAGGAACCGGUCGUCUACAGCAAGCAGACGCAGACCAUCCAGACGACGCACACGUCCCACGACGGACUGUCCACAUCGUCCUCUGCAUACACCAUCUACUCCUCCUGUUCAACAACAACACCAACUCACUCUUGCUCCGCAGGCUACUUUGAGACUGACUGGUGGCGUCCCAGGAAAGGUGGGUCUGCACCAAACUACCUAUCUCAUGCAUUCGACUAUUACGACGAGUAUAAUCUGAACCCUGGUUUAGAAUGGGAGGACGAAUUUACAGUUUUGACAUUUGAUGAUGGCCAAGCCGAAGACGAAGAAAAUAGCUUGCCGCACAUGGACGGUUUCCAAAGUAAGCUUCCACCGGGAAUCCUGCCUCACGGGUUACCGCAAGUUAAGGAAGUUCAGCCUGCCGUUACACAGGUAGAACAGGAGAAAGAAAAGGAGAAGCCCAAGAAGGAAGUGCGAGAACUUAGCGAGGAAGAGAAGCAGAUGAUUAUCCUGUCGGAAGACUUUCAACGAUUCCUUGAUCGUACCAGCAGAAUUGUCGAGAGAGCGUUAGGCGAGUCGGUUGACAUUUAUACCGAUUACACUGGUACCAUGGACGGCGAAGACGGAAUGGACGAGAAGAGUCACCAACGUCUCUGGUUAAAUCGCUCGUUCAUCUGCGAACGAUGGUCUCGUAAUCGUUGCGUCACCUCCAUGGACUGGUCGCCGCAGUUUCCCGAGCUUUUAGCAGCCUCGUACAAUAACAACGACGAUACCCCGAACGAUCCCGACGGCGUGUGCCUAAUCUGGAACACGAAAUUCAAGAAAACAACCCCCGAGUUUAUCUUUCACUGUCAGUCGCCCGUUAUGUCCACCACGUUCGCCCGGUUUCACCCGAAUUUGAUCCUGGGCGGCACUUACUCCGGUCAGAUUGUGCUUUGGGACAACCGAGUGCAGAAGAGAACUCCCAUACAACGUACUCCUUUGUCCGCUACCGCGCAUACUCAUCCUGUGUAUUGCCUGAGCGUCGUUGGCACGCAAAAUGCGCACAACCUGAUCAGUAUCUCGACGGAUGGCAAGUUGUGCUCGUGGAGUCUAGACAUGCUGUCGCAACCGCAAGAGGCAUUGGAAUUGCACACGAAGCAAUCGAAAGCGAUCGCCGCCACGUGCUUGGCUUUCCCGUAUGGCGAUGUUAACAAUUUCGUUAUGGGCAGCGAGGACGGGACUGUAUACUCGGCUUGUCGACACGGCAGCCGCGCUGGCUUAACGGAAACGUACGAGGGUCAUCAAGGACCAGUGACCGGCAUUAGUGCACAGGCGGUGCAAGGCGGAAUAGACUUCUCCCACCUAUUCCUCACGUCUUCCCUCGACUGGACCAUCAAGCUGUGGAGUCUAAAAGAAAACAAGCCACUCUAUUCCUUCGAGCACAACGGCGACUACGUCUACGAUGUCGCUUGGUCGCCAACGCAUCCGGCACUGUUUGCGUCUGUCGACGAUUCGGGCAGGCUGGACUUGUGGAAUUUGAACCAAGACACGGAAGUGCCUACCGCCAGCGUCAUCAUCGACGGAUGUCCGGCUCUGAAUAGAGUAUCGUGGACACCGAGCGGAUUGCACGUCACCGUCGGCGAUGAUACCGGUAAAAUAUGGGUCUACGACGUUGCUGAGCACCUAGCUCACCCAAGAAUCGAUGAGUGGAACAAGUUCUUGUACACGCAACAAGAUCUAAAGAACAACAAGGCAGAUGAAGAGUUGGACAAACUUAAUCUCAGUUCCGGACCGUCUUCGUUGACAUCUAUGACAUCGAUUUCAUCGGUACCUCUGAGAUAAAUAUCAUACUUUAACCAGCUUUCGGAUCGAUUUUUCCUUAAAAUUAAGUAAACUGAAUAUAACGCAAUCGUAUAAGAUAUUAAAAAAGAAAAAACAUUUUGGUUAUUGCUUCGAUGAUUUUAUACUAGAUAAUAUUGAACAAUUAGUCGCCAAUUUACUACGUUUCUUCAUUGUUAGCAAGAAGUGAAUUCAUUGAAGUAAUCUAAUAUAUCUCAAUGCUUUAAAGAUAUAUAUAUAUACACACAUUAUGUGUUAUACACAUCAGUAAUAAAUUCUAAUGGAAAUAUGUCCUUAAUAUUAGUGAUAAAUGAUUAAAAAUUACUAGUUAAAUAGAAUUGUGUAAAUAAUGCUGUUUUAAAAAGUGUUUGGGAAAUUUGUUGAAAAUCAUAUGUAUUUUGCAAUAAUUUAUCGAUAUCGUCAACAUUUAUAUAAUGAUAUAUUAUGUAAUACCAAAUUUAGGGAACUUAGAACCACUGAAGAAAAGCUAUAAAAGUAUGCUCCAAGGUGUGAUGUAAUAUAUUCAUUAAGCUAUGUUAAUGUAUUUAUAUAAUUUCUAACUCAAACCAGUUUGCUCACGUACAAUCCGUUUUACUCAAUCAUUUUUGUAAUAAUUGUCAUUAUUUUAAAAGCAUAUUUAUUACGAAUUUCUGUAACGCGUAUCAUUUAUUGUAAAGUAUUGCAAAUAAAAUUUUUUAAGCAUA